AUGACCGGUCUUACAUCCAUAGACAUUCAAGACAACAACUUGGCAGGGAAUAUUCCUUCUGAGUUUGGUAAGCUUAAACAACUCCAAGGGUUGUAUCUAAGUAACAAUAAAUUGCAGGGACAUAUUCCAGAAGCGGUAUGCCAUUUAUCUAAUUUGGUUAAAUUAACUCUGCAAGUUAAUGAGCUCUCUGGAUUAAUUCCAGAAUGCUUUGGAAAUCUUAGCAUGCUACAAAAGAUUUAUUUGGAUUCUAAUAAAUUUUCAUCAAAAUUUCCGUUGAGCCUUUGGAAGAUGAGUGGUCUUCUCUAUCUAAGUGUGUCACGAAAUUCAAUAGAGGGAGAAGUUCCAUCAGAUAUUGGAGGAAUGAAAGCCAUUGUAGAACUAUAUCUUUCCAGUAACCACUUUUCAGGAAUGAUACCAAGCACAUCCGAGGAACUCCAAAACCUGCAGUAUCUUGACCUAUCGAACAAUUCAUUUUUUGGCAAAAUUCCAUUAUCCUUUGCUAAUUUGAUAAGCUUAAAAGACUUGGAUUUGUCUUUAAAUGUGUUGUCAGGUACUAUUCCUAAGUUUUUGGAAAAACUCUCAUAUCUUAAAACCAUUAAUGUUUCAUUUAAUGAUUUAGAAGGUGAAAUACCGAGUGGUGGCAUGUUUGCAAAUUCCACUUUGCAAUCAUUUCUCGGGAAUAAAGGUCUUUGCGGAAUGCACAUAUUGGAGAUUCCUUCUUGUGCUAUCACUAAUCCUGGAAAACAAUCAAAGGUUAAGGAGGUUGUGCUAAAAAUUGUUACUCCAGUGGUUACUACAUCCUUUCUGAUAUUCUUGUUCGUUUCAAUUUGGAUAAUGAAACGACAGAAGAAAGGAAAGUCCAAAGAUGUUGAAAAGGUACUGGAGAUUAGGACUCACCAAUUAGUUUCUUAUCAUGAGAUUCAACGAGCAACAAAUAAUUUUGAUGAAUCCAAUUUAAUUGUGAGGGAAGCUUUGGCUCUGUGUACAAAGGCAUUUUAUCUAGUGGAACUGUAG